CCAAAUUGAGGCUGUGUUGCCUAGGAGCUGAGAGGCCAUAAUGAAAAAUAAACCAGAAGUUGAGGCAAACCAAAUACUUUCAAGUUUUAUUUCUGAAGCAACCAACACUUUUUAGCUUAUCUUGAAGUAUGGCAGCAUCGCUAUUUCCUUUAGCAACCCCAGUUCCAACAACAAAGGUAUCAUUUGGCACAACUUUGUCAAGGGAACUCUUGCCUCUGAAACCACCACAUACUAGAGCAGGAAAUGAACUUGGUCUCAGAGGCCAACCAAAUUUAGGUCCAGGAGUAUAUAACAACAAUGAGGUCAGCUCAUUUGUUUAUAAGAUAGAUCAAAAGCCAGUCUCUAAGAAAGGAUACUCUCUUGGAUCAAGAACUGCUCCAAGAUUUAAUAAGGAAACAAAUGCAGGUAUUCCUGGCCCUCCUUCAUAUCAGCCCAUUAUCAGCAAAAGUAGAAAAUUCAUUCAAGCAUACAGACCAUUUCAAUGUGGUUCUGCCAAACUCCCUUCGUUGAAGCAGGAUGCAACACCAGGUGCUGGCGCCUAUGAACAUCAAGUUGCAAAAAAUCGCAAGGUCCAAUUUCAUGGUGCAUUUGGUGGUCCACAAACCUUAAAGACUUCAAUAACUCUUAUUUGUCACAAUGGAGAUCCAGAUAUAUGUGCUUCCUGUCUUAAAAUGCCAAAUGGUGACUACUAUAGGAGCAAGUCAAAAGCCCUUUGCAGAGAUUGUUACUUCGCAAAGAUGGCUACUAGUCAGGCAAAAUCCACAAAAAGACGAAAAGAAGAGUUCAUAAAAGUUCGAGACUGUACAGAUGUACAUGGGCACGAAGGAACAAAUGCCAAACUAAGACUCAUGAGUGAAAAGGACAUAAAGAAGUUGCGAACUCGUGAGGCGUAUAUGAGUCUUUAUUACUGAUAUUCUGUAAAUAGAAUCCCGCAGUGUAUAAUUUUCUGUGACGUUUUGUUUUCCUAAUACUUGACUUUAUCAACUGUGAAUGUUGGGUAGUUAAUACAUUUAAGUAACUGAAUUUUUUUAAAAAGUAGCAUUAAAACAGAGACAAUUAUUUUAA